AUGGUACAAAGUUUCAACAUCUCAGGAAUUGUUAAUGCAUUCCGAGUCAUUUGGAAUCCUAGUCUAGCUAUUCCUCACAUCAUUGUUAAUGAUGUACGCAACAUCAAUUUUGGAACUUUAAAAGGAAAGGGCGGUGUGCAAGCUAUUGGAUUUGACAAGGACAAUUGUUUGACUGCUCCGUAUGUCUCUCAAAUUCAUCAGCCUUUUGAGGAAGCCUGGAUUGAAUGCAAAAAUACUUUUGGAGUUGAUAACGUAGCUAUUGUAUCAAAUUCUGCUGGAACAAAUGAUGACAAGGAUUACACAGAUAACUUGAUAUUUACAAGUCUUUCGAAUUUCGCAUUUCGUCUCUGUGCCAAAAAGUUGGAACAAUCAUUAGGAGUACCUGUCUUACGACAUUCAGAAAAGAAGCCUUUGGGUGGCAGGGAGUUACAAAAGCAUUUUGGCCAAACAUCUCCUAGGCAAACUGUAUUUGUUGGUGACAGAAUCUUUACAGAUGUCCUAUUUGGAAAUAUCAACGGAAACCUCACAAUAUGGACAAGCAAGAUAGUUACUGAACAAGGUGACAACAAGGCUGCUGCUUUGCUUCGAAGGAUGGAGUAUCGUUUGAUUAAAUUCUUACAAAUGAUGGGUGUCCAAGCACCAGAACAUCCGAUAAUUCAGACAACAAAAGACAAGAAUUUAUUUAUAAAAUAAAAGU